ACACACACACACUCCCUCUCUCUCAUAACUCUAGUGUGUGUUUUGUCAGUAAAACUCGCGUGUGUCGGCGGUGUCUCUCACUCAUCUCUCUCUAGCAGGACUCCGCGUCUCUUCUCUCCCGUCUUCACAUCAACAAAGGACGAACGAACUCUCUUUCUCCAGAAUCAUGUUGUGGAAAUCACGGACCAAGACAGAGCCUUACUGCUUACAGGACCGAUCGGAUGGGCUUUCGAACUCCUCUCCGAGCGCACGGCUCUCCCAGCUCUCCUCGCUGAACCAGGCGUCCUACUCCUCGGCUCCCCCGCUCUGCCACACCCCAGCCUCGGACUUCCAGCCACCCUACUUCCCUCCUCCUUAUCCGCAGUCCUCACUGUCCUAUUCCCAAGGCCAGGACACGGGAUACCCGCAUUUACCGGAGCCCUACCCGUCCAUCAACUCGCUCCACCAGCACCACCAGCACCAGCAGGCCUGGCACUCCCAGCGCUCGCGCUCCGAGGACGCAGGGCUCCUGUCUCAGUCCCACCGCGCGUUGAGUUUAGACCCGCGUCGCGAGUAUCCAGGCGUCCCGCGGCUCCUGCACCACGGCCUGGGCGAAGGAGCCGCGGCGCUGGGGGAAGCUCCUCUGGGGAUGCAUGCAAUGGCGCAUCACGGGCUGGAGGACAUUCAGGGUUUGGAAGAAGCGUCAGCGCUGGGGAUCCUGGACCAUUCAGUCAUCAAGAAAGUGCCGUCGAAGCUGAAUGGCUCGCUGUGUCUCAGUAAAGAGGGCCUGGGUCUGGGCGGCGUGUCGAACCCAUCGGAGAUCUUCUGCUCAGUGCCGGGACGCCUGUCGCUCCUCAGCUCCACAUCCAAGUAUAAGGUGACGGUGGGAGAAGUCCAGAGACGCCUGGCGCCGCCUGAGUGCCUGAACGCGUCGCUGCUCGGAGGAGUCCUGCGCAGAGCCAAGUCGAAAAACGGCGGUCGCUGUCUCCGUGAGCGCCUGGAGAAGAUCGGCCUGAACCUGCCGGCUGGGCGACGGAAGGCCGCCAACGUCACACUGCUCACCGCGCUGGUGGAAGGAGAGGCGGUUCACCUUGCUCGGGACUUCGGGUACGUGUGUGAGACGGAGUUCCCGGCCCGGGCCACAGCGGAGUAUCUGUGCCGGCAGUUCGACCCGGAUCAGAUGCCCACGAGACGCAGCAUGUUGAUGGCCAGCAAGGAGAUCUGCAAGGAGUUCAUGGACCUGAUGUCUCAGGACAGGUCUCCUCUGGGUGCCGGCCGCCCCACGCCCUGCCUGGACCCCGGGGUGCAGAACAGCCUGACCCACUUCAGCCUGCUGACCCACGGCUUCGGGACGCCGGCCAUCUGCGCCGCACUCAGUGCCUUCCAGAGCUACUUACUGGAGGCCCUCAAACUGCUGGAGAAGGAAGGGGCCAAGGGCCACGACAAGGAUCUCAAGCACCGCAAGUGAACAAUCGGGCGAGAGACACAGACUGCCUCCUCCCUCUCUGUUAGGAGCGUAUGAGUGUAUUUAUGUGUGCGAAUGUGUGCGUUCACCGCGUAUGGACUCGCUGGUCUCCUGAGAGAACACGUGCACCUCAAAGUCCCAUCGGACCCCGUCGCGUGCUGACGCGACACACACGGACUUCUGAACGGUGGAACGUUAUUAGCUAUUGACUAAUGAAUUUGAAAAUGUCAUUUUUGUACUUCAUGUUUUGUGUUUAUUAUCAAUGGUCCUGUUCUUCUUAUUGCUGUACUGCAAUGUAAAUGUAAUAUAUUAUUAAACCAACCACUGGAUUCAA